AUGGUGAUUUUUGGUGCACUUGGCUCCGGAUUUCGUUUCGGAUUCAGUUUGACAAUUCUUAAUCCGUUAGCUCCGAUAGCUAUUGAAUUGAUGAUAUCUACAUUUAAAAAAAAUUACAACUUUGAUUUGGAGGCCAAUCCACAAUAUAUUAGUUGGAUUUUUGGAGCUACAGCAGGGUAUGUACAUCAGUAUUUGUCACGGUAAAAUAAUGCAUCCUUUAGUCAACAUUCGUAUACUACUUUUCAGAUCGUCUGCAAUUGGAUCCAUGAUUGGUAGCGUGACCUAUAACUUUAUGUUCAAUCGGUUUGGCAGAAGAACCUUACUCAUUAUAUGCCAAGUCAUAUUUGUUUUUAGGUAAAUGCGUUUAUAUAAGUUGCGGAGUCGAAGCAGAUUUGAAAGGACCGCGCCGAGGGCCCAACCCAAAGCUCGGCCCGUGGGACAGGCUGACAGAUUGGGCCCGGCGCGGCCCCUUUACAAACCUAACUUCAACCGGUUUUAGCUCACUUUGCGGAAUUAUAUCUAAAUACGAUUUGUACGAAUUGUUAGUUUUUGGAGAGAUAAUAGCUGGUAUUUCAAUUGGAUACUCAUUGGGAAGUAUAUCUACGUUGAUUAUGGUACGUUAGUUUAGCUUUUUGCAACAUUUAUGAGGUCAAGGCGAAUAUCACGUUAUUGUGGAUCAAAGAGUGGAGGAUCCGACGCUAAUUUAUUUUCUUGAUGUUUAAAAAUUUUAAAACGAAUAUUUUCAGGAAAUUAGUGAACCGGGAAUGGAAAGUUUUCUAAACUCAAUUGUCCCAGUUUGUAUUGAAAUGGCAGCAACUGGAACAAAUUUGUUAGGUAUUGAUGUAAUACUUGGCAAUUCAACCUUGUGGCAGUUAAUGUUUGGAAUUGCAUUACUUAUUAGUGUUAUUGCGUAAGUUUUUUUUGUUUUGAAAAGAUUUUACGUACUGUACCUUAAAAUUUUUUAAUUUCGUACAACUUUAGAGCCAUUGGUAUGUAUUUUGGCAAAGAAUCACCUCGUUACCUAAUACAACAUGGAUUAGAUGAACAAGCGAUAGAGGCGAUACAGUACUACGAUUACAUUACCUCGUCAGAAGCCGAAGAGAAGAGAAAAGUUAUUGAAGCAUCAAUGCACGAGGUGAAUUUUUUUUUGAAUUUAUGUAUUUUUAAAUUUAAUAAAUUAAUGUUUUUCCAUGCAUUCUAUUGCAAACGUUAUCUUCUUCUGUUGAUUUUUAAAUUUAAAUAUUUCUUUUCGAUACUGUCGAUGAAUGUUUUACGUAUUACGUAAGCUUUUGACGCAAUUUACUAAAACAUUUUUAGGUUACAAAAAAUUUAAGCAUACUGGAAGUACUGAAAGACUCACAAUACAGACGGCCGUGCUUAAUGGCUGCUUGCGUUGGAGAAGCUCAACUUUUGUCCGGCGUACCGGCUAUGGCAAUCUUUGGCACGACAAUGUUGAGAGAAAGCGGUGGCCUAGAUUCGGUAAAAUUUAAUUUUAUUUUAAAACAUAGUGAUUUAUUUUACUAUAAUAUAAUUUUUAUAUCCCUCUGCUUUAGUAUUUUUAUAUUGUAUUUUUAAUGUUUUAGGUUAACUUUUUUCGGUACGAUUUUUUAUUUUUCUUAUAUUGUAAAUUCUUAUGAUUUAUUUUUCAGACCAGGGCCGGAGUGAUGAACUUCUUUUUAGGAUCUUCGAACUUGGUUGGUGUUACAAUAGCACUCUUCUUUCUAGCGCAUAUUAAUCAUAAAAAACUGUUAUUAAUUGGAUUACCAAUAAUGGCUGCUGUAAACGGCAUUUAUUGUUUCAGUGCGAUCUACGCUAAUGCAAGUUUAAAAUUUUUACAAUUUUGUAACAUUCAGUGCCAGCUAUUUCUUAUUAUUUACUAGGAGAACCGAAAAUAACUUUUAUAACGUUUGAAUUUCAGACCAACCCACAGUCGGCCGUCCCAAUGUACUGUAUUUGUGCUGGAUACUUAAUUUUCGGAUUGGCUUUCUCAAAUUCGGUGGAAAAGAUUUGCUUCUUCAAUGGUGCCUUAAUCACCCCAAUCGAAGCGCUUCCAGCCACCGCUUCUCUUUCCGUCUUCAAUGUGACGUUUUUCGCAUUCGUUGUACCGUUGAUUUUUUCGGUAUUACAAGCCAACCUUCCCGGCUACGCUUUUAUACCAUUUAUUGUGGCGAACUUGUUGUUCUUCGUGGUGUUUUUGCUGUUCUAUCCAAGCGAGGCGCUGAAGUCACCUCUUGAGGAAGAGCAAGCUGAACACGAGUGUAGUCUAAGCCGAAAAAAUUCAAGUCAAAACGUAGACAACCCUAGCCAAGGUGGGUUUUUUAAAUGUUGCUGGGUUUCUGAAAACUAUAAUUAUGUUUUUUUUGUUAACUAUUUAUUUUACUUGAUCAUGAAUGACCUUUUGGUUGUCCUUUUUACGUUACUAAACGCAAAAUGUUUUGUUCCUAUCCUUAUUUUGUUACUUUAGGAAUCGACUUGAUGACCGCUAUUGACGGUGAAUUGGAAAAGCAAACCGAACCUCCAAGUAAUCAAGAAAUACCCAAUCCUGAGCAGGUAGAUAUAGAGGAGCAAUAG